GUGCUCCGGGCCCAGAGACGUGCACAGCGGCUGAACAGAAGAGUUGCUAGCCGAGCUAAACCUAGCUAAACCCGUGCUAAACCAGAGCUAACGGCGUCCAAACGGGAAACACCGCACAGAGGCAGCACCGGGGGGACUGUACGUGUCGCUACAGACCCGAAAGAACGAGUUUUUGUGGCGGAAUCUGGUCCCGCGGGGCGUGAGAUUGCGUGGAGCCGCUUCUGGAGUGAGCCGCGGCUAGCUCCGUUAGCUCCCAAACAAGAAUGGGGGCUAGGUCCGCACGGAUUAGCCCGCUACUAAAGUGACCUUUGACUGUACGCGCCGAUGGCAAAUUUCACGGAUUACCACGAAGGAAAGGCGGCGAUGCUGAUGGUGGAGGCGCAGCAGCGGGACGUGGGGCCCGGAGCAGCCGCCAACGGAGAGGGCUCAGCCGGGGAGCCAGCCGGGGAACCCCCUUCUCCGGUAAUUAAUAUCGGCAGCGGCGGAGGAGGCGGCGGGGCUCGGUUUCACCCACAUUUACCGCCCUCUAGUCACCUCCACAACGUGCACCAGGCCCCGAAAGAGCCCCGGGAGCAGCAGCAGCAGCAUGUGUCCGGGGACAGCACACCGACGCACGGGCUGGCGCAGGAGGAGCCCCCCCGGUCCCCCGCUGCAGCCGCCUCCUCCAGCAGCAGUCAUGUUUUCGCCCCGGUGAGCUCGGACGCCGUGGAUGAUAUUCGUAAAUGUGGAUAUUUACGGAAGCAGAAGCACGGACAUAAGCGGUUCUUUGUGCUGCGCGCGGCCAGUCACUCCGGACCCAGUCGUUUGGAGUACUACGACAGUGAGAAGAAGUUUCGGAGCAGCCUGCGCGCCUCCUCCUCCUCUUCCUCCGCAGCUGCCGUGGCCCCCUCCUCCCCCAAAAGAGUUAUCUACCUGUACCAGUGUUUCACCGUGAACAAGAGGGCGGACUCCAAGAACAAGCACCUCAUCGCCCUCUACACCAAGGAUGAGUAUUUCGCGAUCGUGGCGGAGAACGAGGCGGAGCAGGAGGACUGGUACGUGGCCGUGAGCGCGCUGAUGAACGAGGGAAAGAAGGGGCACGUGGAUUCGGACGAUCUGGACGACGGGUACGGGACCGUGACGCCUGGGACGGUGUUUAAGGAGGUGUGGCAGGUGAAUGUGAAACCGAAGGGACUGGGACAGACGAAGAACCUCACCGGAGUUUACCGCUUGUGUUUGUCCAGUAAAACUCUUCAUCUGGUCAAGUUGAACUCUGAGACUCCCUGCGUGAACCUGCAGUUGAUGAACAUCCGGCGCUGCGGGCAUUCGGAAAGCUUUUUCUUCAUCGAGGUGGGACGAUCCUCUUCGAUUGGGCCUGGAGAGAUCUGGAUGCAGGUGGAUGAUUCUGUGGUGGCUCAGAACAUGCACGAGACCAUUCUGGAGACGAUGAAAGCCUUAAAAGCCUUCGCGGAGUUUCGCCCGCGGAGUAAAAGUCAGUCGUCUGGCUCAAACCCAAUGCCCUUCAUCACAACGCGCCGCCAUCUUGGAAACCUACCUCCGAGUCAGACAGGAUUACAGCGGCGAUCAAGGACGGAGUCUGUGGUCGGGACGCCGCCCUCCAGUAAAAGCUCCGGCGCGAGUGGAUAUCGCUUUAGGACGUCCAGCGAAGGCGAGGGGACGAUGAACCGGCCUUUCCGCUCCGCCACGGGAAGCCUGGUGCAUCUGAACUCCACGCGAGUCCAACAGGGCAGGCAGGAGGCGGGUGGGGCGGCGGCGGCGACAGGCAGCACAGGUACGAAUACGGCAGGUGCGCGCUUCGCCAGAGCUGUCCCAGGGGCGUCCACGUACCACGCUCGCUCUGCCUCUCUGCCCGUGUCACACUUCCCCUCCACCACCAGCCCCGUGAGCGUGUCCUCCAGCAGUGGCCACGGCUCAGUCUCCGACACCCUCACACGACCCUCCAGCGCCUCCAUCUGUGGCUCACCUUCUGACGGAGGGUUCAACUCCUCCGACGAGUACGGCUCCAGCCCCGGAGAUUUCAGGUAUUUCAGAGUCCGCAGCAACACACCGGAUUCGCUCGGGAACACACCGCCGAUCCGAGAGGAAAACUGUCUGAACGACUACAUGGCGAUGGGCUGGAGCCGUGACGUGUUUGGGCCCGGAGCAGCGGACGGUUUACGAGACGAGGGCACGUCCACUGAAGAUGAGCGCUUCUCCUCUUCUUCGCUGCGCAGGAGGACUCACUCAUGCUCGCGGCCCACAGGGGGCGCCACCAGUGGGUCCGGCGUGGCGGUGUAUCAGAAAACCACACAGACAAAUUUCUCCUUGGACGAAAGCUCGGAUGUGGCGCCGUUUGGAGGUGGGCUCCUUCGAGGGGGUCCCUCUUCUUCGUCCUCGUCUCUGCGCUCGGACUAUAGCUCCUGCUCCGAGCACAGCCAAAGCCGCCCGUCCACUCUGCCUCGCCACGAUUCGACCAGUGAGCGCCCACCCCUCUCCUCCUCAGCCAAAGAGGACAGCGGCUACGUGCCCAUGAUGUGUGGCGUGGCAGCGUCUCCUCGGGACACACCCCCGGACUACAUGCCCAUGCUGCCCUCCCACUCACCGCUCUUUUCCCGCGUGGCCCCUCCCCCUCCACAGCCGCAGUCGUUCACGGACUCUCACGGCUACAUGAUGAUGCUGCCAGGUGGGGGCAGCGGUGGCUCUCCUUCCCCAGUGCAAGCUUCGCCUCACGCCAGAGAACGAGAUGCAGAACGCCCCGAGAACGGCGAGUACAUGGACAUGUCGUACAGCGGCGGAGCGAGGAGCCACGCCCCCUCCACCCCGGAGGCCACGCCCAAACCUCACAACCCGUACUUCUCUCUGCCACGUUCAUACAAGGCGCCCACGAGAGAACGAGACGAGAGAGACUACAGUGAGUACGUGCCCAUGAGCUCACCCGCCAAACCUGGCCACACCCCCUCACACCCGCCUCCCCCAUACUCCGCCCACCACACCACCGCCGCCAUGUUGGACCGCCGCACGCGACCCAACCGCCUUCCCCUGGGCCGGAGGAGCUUCCACGGGCCAAUCAGAGCGAGCGAACCAGCCACCUCCUCCACAGGUGUGUCCACGUCGGCGCCGUCUCGCUCCGAUGACCCCUCCAGCCCCGGCGAGUACAUCAACAUCGAGUUUGGGGAACAUUUUCCACAUCAGCAACAGCCGCCGGCGUAUCCCUUCCCUGAUGCCUCUGAGCAGCGCACUUCUCCGGCCCCGCACCAGGACUAUAUGUGCCUGGAGGUGGGACCGGAGAAGAGCCAGUCCCCCCGGCCCAGCCUGGUCGCCCCCUGGAACCCCCCGAGCUACAUCCGGCCCGCAGCGGCCAGCGGGGGGCGAUGGGGUAAGGGGGACGACUACACGGACAUGACCUUUAUGAGCAGGGACAGGACCAGUCCAACCGCCAUGCUCCAGCACCUGUGCCUCCUGGAGGGGCGCUACAACCCCCCCGGACCUGCCACGCUCCCUCCCAUCAGCCCCGGGGCGGCUGCGACUGAGCCCAAAGUGGUGCGAGCUGAUCCGCAGGGAAGGAGGCGCCACAGCUCCGAAACCUUCUCCACCAACGCACCGGCGGGAGGGACGUCGACGAUCACUACAUCCACCAAUCCUGGAGCAGCAAAUGGGUCCUACCUGCCGGAGGGUCAGCCGUCCAGGUGGAGCAACUCUGCCUCCUUCGACAGCGUGUGGAUGUCGGUGGAGGGGCUGGGAGCAGACUCUCACCUUUCCCAGGGCUCGGGCUUGUCUCCGGUGACGUCGGCCUCCUCUUCCUCCUCUGGGUCGUCCGGAAGCAGGAUCAGUCGGAACGCCGGAUAUCAGAACGGACUGAACUACAUCGCUCUGGAGCUGCGGGACGACGGCAGCACCGCGACGACCGUGACCUCCGGCAGCGACACCGGGAGCUCCUCCACGCCCACCGGAGCCCCGCCCCUGCCCACCGCAGCCAUGGCGACCGGAGGCACACCCACCGGAGCCCUGCCCCUACCAGAGAACGCCACCUAUGCCAGUAUAGACUUCAGCCGCUCGGACCGGGUCUCCUCCACACAUGACUGAGGCCCAGGACCUUCUUCUUGAAGUGGACGCUGCACCGGCGCCCUCCAAACUGCUGCUCCCUCCUGGACAACGCCUGUCACUACAACUCUAACCUUCAUUUGAUUUUUUUUUUUUGAUUUUUUAAUUAUUUUUUAAACAUAUCUCAUCUUUUUGUUUUAUAAUAAUAAUAAUAAUAACAAUGAUAAUCCCUCUGUCCCUUUCCAUCGUGGGCUGCUUCCCCCAAACAAACUGUGAAAUUGAAAAAGGGAGGUUGGACUCUUCAGCCAUCUUGGUACUGACAAAACGCAUUAAUGUUUAUCCUUUCUAUCAUCAUUUUUACCCCUCAAACUGUUUGACACGUGCCGUUUACUUGUGUCCCCCUCUCUUCAAAAACGGUACAGUGCGGCGGGAGUAAAAUCUCGUUAAAAUGGCUUCGAAAUGAAACUUAUUUAAAAAUGUUCAUCUUAAAUUGAGUUGUUUUUAGACAUCUGACAGACGGGAGGGCAUCUGACACACACACACACACACACACACACGGAGAGAGCACAGGAAAGGGCAUCUGACACGCACACGGGGAGGGCAUCUGACUCACGGGGGCAUUUCGAAACAUAAUUAUAGACGUUUAAGCUACAGGGUUUGCAGCUUUUUACACAGAAUAAGACUCUAUUGAGAUACAGGGAGGGCAUCUGACACAGGGGCAUUUCAGAACAUGUUGGUCGAGGUUUAAGCUGCAGGGUGAGCAGCUUUUUAUACAGAAUAAGACCCCAUGGAGACACAGGGAGGGCAUCUGACACAGGGGCAUUUCAGAACAUGUUGGUCGAGGUUUAAGCUGCAGGGUGAGCAGCUUUUUAUACAGAAUAAGACCCCAUGGAGACGCAGGGAGGGCAUCUGACACAGGGGCAUUUCAGAACACUACAGAAUCUUCAAAUUAAGAUGAGUCAUGAGUUUUAAAGCCAUUUUAACUCGAUUUUUGGCUGUGAAGUUUGUGGCUGGGUCCAUGCAAGCUUCAGGAGUGGUACAAAACUCUACAGCGCCCCCUACGCGCCGACGUAGGGGUAGGUCCUUCAGAGUUUACCAGUGCAGUUUCCUCAGUCGACACAUUUCUGGUACUAAAACAGUCCAAAUACAGUACGAUCCAAACACUAUUUUCUAUGAUUAUAUAUAUUUUUUUACCUCAUGAGGAGAGCGGUGCUGAUCAAAAGACUCAAAAAACACGGUUCAUUUUGGAUUUUGUUUAUUAAAAUGUUAAAAAUUUUGAGUGCGUUGGUUAAAACACGUGUUGUUUUCCAAAAUUGUUUGACAAAUCAAUUCAACUUUAUCCUAUUUCCUGAAGUUUACAUGUUUUUGCUCAGACAAUGUUGUGUGAAUCUGCCCAUUUGGGGAAAAAGUUUGUUCAGACAAAACUAAAUAAACAAAAAAAAAAUCCUGGUCUAAUUCAUUAUAAAAAGGAUUUAUCAGAUUUCAAUGUUUUUAUUGUGAGAAGAAACCAGACCAGGACUAGCCCAGGACCAUAGACUGUUUAUAUAAAUGGACAUAGCUAACGUGCUAGCCGCCACGUUCCAAACAGGAAGUGAUCAUGGGCGCGUUUCUGGCUCCUCUCUCUGUACCUGCUGCUGUCAGACUCGUCAUUUUGAUCUUAAAACGUUCGUAUUAACCCGCUCUACAUGAUCCUGGGGUUUUUAUUUCGCCAUUUUGUCCGUGAAUAAAGAUUUGAACAUUAAUAACAGACAAAUCAGGCGCCUUCUUUCCCCCAGGUCACGCCUGCUAACGUUAGCAACAGGUUUGAUUGACAGCGUUGCUAAGCGUCCGCUCCUUGCGAAACCAGCGGUGCGGGCGGGAAGGGGCGUUACCUCCUGAUUGGCUCUUUGGUCGCUAUGAUACUCGCAGUCGGAAUUCCAAAUAUGGAAGUCGGCUCCAAAUUCGCUGCUAUAACUGCUCCGGCCUCGAUGAGCUUCAUUUGACUGGAGCUAACGCUGCAGGCGACGUCAAACUCACUGCUUUAUAGAAUUUAUGACCAAGACUAGACCAGAGACUAGACCCGAGACUAGACCCGAGACUAGACUCGAGACUAGACCCGAGACUGGACCCGAGACUGGACCCGAGACUGGACCCGAGACUGGACCCGAGACUGGACCAGAGACUAGACCCGAGACUAGACCCGAGACUAGACCCGAGUCUGGACCCGAGUCUGGACCCGAGUCUGGACCCGAGACUGGACCAGAGACUAGACCAGAGACUAGACCCGAGACUAGACCCGAGACUAGACCCGAGACUAGACCCGAGACUAGACCCGAGACUAGACCCGAGACUAGACCCGAGACUAGAACAAAGACUGGGCCCGAGACUAGACCAAGAAAUCCUUCAUUCACUUUGUUUUACAUUGUCUAAAGACUAGAACCUGGGCCAGGACUCGGACCAGGACUUGUUAAUGCUCCCUUCAUCACAUUUGUUUGUGAGCAACUUGAUCCAGUCAAACUUUAUCAAUGAAAAACUCCAGUUAAAAUGAGUUUUCCCUGUUGUUUCCACUGCACUUUACCAUGAAAUAUACAAAAUGUAAAUGCACAAAUGUCGAACCUGAACAUUUCUAUCAGUGACUAGACCCAAGAACUCAGAAACCUGAAUUUGAACAAUUUAAUGUUAUCUGCUUCCAUCUGUUUUAAAUAAGAUUGGCCUGUAGAAUGUUGGUCCAAAAUGCAAAUGGAGCUUUCAAAUACAUUCAAAUUGAGAUCUAAACUAGGUCUAAACUGCAACCAGGACUAAACCAGGACUAAACCAGGACUAAACCAGGACUAAACCAGGACUAAACCAGGACUAAACCAGGACUAAACCAGGACUAAACCAGGACUAAACCAGAAUCAGAUGAACACGUCUUUUCUAACAGUCCCUGUGUCUUUUUGGACAUGUCUUUGACUCUGCUCUCCUCGGUCAAACCUUCACCUGCUUCGUUUCACAGUUUAAUUUUGACUUUCAUUAUUAUUUAAUUAUAUUUUUGGUGCAAUAUUUUACAGUGGCAUUAUAAACUGAAGCGGCGCCGUUCGUUUGGGCAUUCGUUCCAUCAUUUCAUCACAUCACACUAUUUAAAUGAACCGUUUGAGCAAAGUUGCGCGUUGAAAUCUGUCUGAAAAUCUGCUAUUUCCAUUUUAAUUUCAUACUUUUUAGAUGAGAUUUUUCUGUCAUUCACUAAAGACUCACUACGGUACAUUUCCUUGUUCAGAUGUUUGCAGUAGAGAACUUUGCGGGUUUUAAAAAUGCGUAACUUGAAUUUGAUUUUUCAAGUUCGUAUUUUGCCACUCGCCCGAUUUUAAAGCCGUAGAGUGUAACGUUUCAAUCUUAAUAUUUACUGCGAACAGGCUUGCUCCUCCACAAAUCUGACUCCUCCUGCUUGUUUCCAUGGAAAUAUUGUUCCUUUCGGGCGUAAUAUUCCACCGUACGGCAUAAAACGUUUCUGUCGCGGUGGAGAACGUUCCGAAAUGUGUUUUUUUAACUUUCUUUUUCCGUGGAAUCAAGCGGGCGACGCGCUGUUUUCAGAAAGUUACACUCUGUGGCUUUAAAUAAAUCAUCAAGAAUUGUUCAGUUUUUGGUUCUGUAGCAAGAAAAAGAAACAUUUAAUUUUAUUUUUUAAUUUAAACUGCACUGGUAAACAUCUCGCUCUAUACCUCCAACGAUUUUUGACUGAAAACCCCAUAAAUCCCCCUAAAAAACUACAAAAAUCCCCCUAAAAAAACUACAAAAAUCCCCCAAAAAACCUGAUUCUUAUUUUUGUGCUCGGUUUGAAUGUGGUACCAGCGCCCCCUGGAGGUGCACUGACGCUAAACCAACUUAAAGAAAAUAUUUUAAAAUGUCUUAUCUGUACAUUAUGAACAAUCUGAAUUAUUUUUGUCUGCUCCUAGAUUCCCCCGUCGAUAAAUUCUCGAACAAAGAUUUAAAAGUAUUUAAGGUUUUUUUUUCCCCUGUAAAAGUAAAAAUAACCAUAAUAAUAAUAAUAAUAAUAAUAAUCGUUCAUAACUGUUGUGUACCUGAUUGUUUUGGAUUUCUUUGACAAAAACUGUAGAUCUUUGGGGGGGUAGUCGAUAAAAAAACGGAAAGUAUUUGAAUGCUCUGUCGUUUCUAAACUCGUCCUGUUACAAUCAUUUGACAUUUUGGGAAUUUGAAAAUGAUUAAUAUAUUUAAAUCUCUAUCGUGGGCCUUUGUGCAGAGUAGGGUACGGUAUGCAAAGUUUUCAUUUAAUUUUUGUAUCUAGUUUACAAAUAAAAUCAUCAUUAGUUUCUUGUAUGAGCGCCCCCUGUCUGCCGAUGGGAGGCGGUAGUAUUGGCAUUUUUGCAGUUAUUUGUAUAAAGAAAAUUGGUUACGACUUUUGCCUAUAUAAUGUUAUUUUUUGUAACUAUAAAACACCUUAUUUGCUGCUGUGUAGUAAAAGUUGGUUUAUUUCCCUUAAAGUUUAGUUGAAAAAAAAAAAAAAAAAAAGGCUUGUAUUUUUUCCUCCGCUCCCCGUGUCCUUGAAUGCGUCUCUGAAUGCGUCCCACUCGUGUACAUAUCUGAGCUGCGUGUGUCGGAGCGCCCCCCGGCUCUGCUCUGUGGCUCUGCGCCUUCCCCGGUGAGGAAAAAAACUACAAGUACGGGAAGCCGGAGGGACAAACUGCAGCGGCGCAAAAAGUGUUUUUAUUUAUCACAAGUUUUGCUUUUGGAGAUAGAGCUACUGCAAUAAA